AUGAUUGUUGUUUUGGCUUGGGAGAUUGUUUUCUGGAGCAAUGUCUCUUUUGUUGUCCUUUCUGAAAAGAUUGAGGCAAUUUCUAGCAAAAUGUUUAUUUUGUCUACAAUAAAGAUAAAAGCUUCACAGCCUAUUGUUCUAAUUGUUCUAGUUCCUCCUAGAAGAGUCUCUAGCCUUCUUCAGUUGGUUCAUCAUGCUGUUGACUACUUUUGUCAAUUUCAGAAUGAGAGAGGUGUUAAAAUAGGCCAAAUUCUGUUUGAAGGUAUUUUAAAAGGCCUUGGCUCUUUCCAGAGUAGCAGGAAAAGUCCCAGAUAA